CGGAGUGAAGAGGGAGGGCUAGACAGGGAGACAAGCAGUACAACAUUGGCUGAGAGAGGAGCAGGCCACGGGCAGUACUCCUCUUCACCGUGUUGAUAGAACCUCUGAGGCGGGGAUUCGAGUUCACGUGAAAGUCGAAUCUGCUUCACCUCUGUACGAUUAGCUCACCUGUCCACCUGGGGCCGGUAGUCAGUCGAGCAGAAAGAGCACGCGGAGGAGGUUCUGCUUUGGAGGAAAAACUGUAACCAUAAGUACGUUUCUAAAGAGUCAGGUCAUAUUGUUUGGCAGUGACUCAGAGCGUUCUUAUCCACAUUUUUCCUUCCCACGCGCCAAGAUUUCCUUUUUCCUUAAGUGAACGUUUUUGUACAAGACGACAAUUCGGUUUUUUUUUAACUCCUUUCUCCUUCGGUUCUUCAUCUCCACAACGGCAACACAAUGGCUCUCGAAUUCAUCGCCGGCUGUCUCGGAGGGUGUGCUGGAGUGGCUGUGGGGCAUCCUUUUGACACAGUAAAGGUCCGCCUUCAGACCCAAGACUUCCAGAACCCCAAGUACCGAGGCACGUGGCACUGCAUCACGGACACCAUCAAGCAUGAGUCGCUUCGCGGACUGUACAAGGGCAUGUCCUCCCCUAUGGCAGGAGUGGCCUUCGUCAACGCCAUAGUCUUCGGCGUCCACGGCAACAUGGUCAAACACAUCCAGAAUCCAGACUCCCUCAGGUCACAAAUGCUCUGCGGCGCAGUGGCGGGAUUCUCACAGUCCAUCGUCACCUCGCCCAUGGAACUCGUGAAAACCAGAGUCCAGCUACAGACGGAGGCGUGCGUCACCACCAAGUCUCUCUCCUGCGCCGCCACCUCCUCCUCCACCGUCACAAACUGCAGCAGCUACACGAGCCCCGUGGACUGCAUCAGGAAGAUCGUCACCACAGAGGGAUGGCGGGGCUUGUUUAGAGGACAGCUCAUCACAAUCUUCAGAGAUGUACCCGGGUUCUCAUCGUACUUCCUGAGUUACGAGUACCUGAGUCGCUCCUGGGCCUCGGCUGAUGGCUCCGUUUCCCCCGCCGUCGUGCUGGCUGCUGGAGGGUUUGCCGGAGCCUUGUCGUGGCUCGUCACUUACCCCAUCGACAUGGUCAAGUCCAGGCUGCAGGCUGACGGCGUGGGCGGCGUCAGCAAGUAUCGCGGUAUCGCCCACUGUCUCAAGAGCAGCGUGGCCACAGAGGGUGCCGGGGUGCUGUUCCGAGGUCUCAACUCGUCCCUGAUCCGCGCCUUCCCCACCAACGCCGCCACCUUCGCUGUGGUCACCUGGACCAUCAAGACAUUCCAGGAGCAACCCGAGCAAGACGAGACGCACCAGUCGUGGCGGGACAUCCUGGCCAACGGCGAGGCGCUUGUGCAGGCGGCGGCCAUCCCCACGCCCCUGCAACUCAGCUUCACCCCAGAGACCAGCUGGAGAUCAGCCGUCUCUUUCCUGCCGCAGGUCAUGGCUGCCUCGGCGGCGACAGAGGAAGACCAGGAGGAGGAGCACCAGGAGACCAGGUGCCGGUGCUGGCAGCGGCAGGGCACCGCGGUGCUCGGCAAACUGCCCAACCUGUUCGGUUCGGUGUGUAAGGGACACGAGGCCUUCACCUGCUGGAGGGCGCGGCAAGAGGACGUGUUCGCGGCGGCGCGGCUGCACCACAACCUCAGCAUUGUGCUAUAAUGCUCUAGGUCGCACGCCGCAGAAGGAUGUGCUGCCGCCACUUAGCAGCGAGAGACUGUGAUCGCACAGCGCAGGGUCGGGGCUCGCAGGGCCACAGCGCGGCCAGUGUCCCGGUGACAGCACAGCGGGGCUCGCUGGCUACCUGAGCUACUCUAGUCAUGCCUCAAAGCACACACUGCCAUCCCUCACUCACAUCACUGCAAACAAUCUGUACUCCUAGAGUUAUUAACGCUGAAAAUUAGACACACAUUCAGUCAUUUUGAGAACACAACAUGCAAAUACGUUCCUUUUACAACACAGGGAGGGGGAGGGGGGGACGGUGUGCUGUGAGGCGCGGCAAGGCUCUGGCUGCGGCUGCUGUGUGGCGCUGUGCUCAGCCCUCCUACGUGCCGCGCGCUGGUGUAGGAAUAGACGCGGUGGGCUGGGACGGCCACACAGCUGGCACACCCUGACACUGGCUGCUGUGGUGGCAGUGGCAGAGGGCUUCGCGAUCCCCCGACCGGCGCCUGCAUACACGUGUUUUGUACCCGAGGGGCCACGGGCGGUGCAGGCAUCGCCGCAGCCCACCAGACAACCUACGUAUGUGCAUUCUUAUAACCUGGAUCUGCAGCAUCAUUACAACUGAUCAUCUCACAAGAGGCAAACAUUUGACACUAAGUGGCGACAACACGACCUUCUGAAGGCUGACAGCCAAGCCUACCUAUAACCAAUGUCAAAACGCCCGUCACGCGCGGAGCAUGCACCCCCCCGCCAGCUCCCAAGGAGGGGCGGGAGGUGCUACAAUUGAAUUCUCUUAUAGAGGAUUGUUAUUGUCAUUAUCGUCAUUUCUCUAAUUAGGCUGAGGUAGAGUGUGUGAGCCAGGGGGAGGAGAGAGCCAGGAGGGAGCAAGGAGGGGCGGGAGGUGACACAUUCCGACCAACAAGGAUCUGUCACGACUCCCGCCCCCGUCAAGGUGUUGUGCCUGAUACCCUGCUUGCCCCAACACUCCUGUCUGCUCCUGACACAGCCCUAAGCUAGGCAGCUGACGAAGGUGUGUGUGUGUGUGUGUGUGUGUGUUACAGAGAGAGAGAGAGAGAGAGAGAGAGAGAGAGAGAGAGAGAGAGAGAGAGAGAGAGAGAGAGAGAGAGAGAGAGAGAGAGAGAGAGAGUGUGCAUGUGCGUGCGCGCGCGCGCGCGCGCGCGCGUGUGUGUGUGUGUGUGUGUGUGUGUGUGUGUGUGUGUGUGUGUGUGUGUGUGUGUGUGUGUGUGUGUCCCGUCAUUCCCUGUCCCGAUGUCCGCGAAUCUCUCAUUCCAAUCCGUCCAUUAUUUAUUGAGCCGUUCAUUCCGACGCAAAAUUAAGAAUAGAAAAUAAAAAAAAGUGCUAAAAACUGGAAAUAUGGGAAAAAAAAAAAACGAAGUCCGAGAUGCAGCACUAAAUUUUGUAAGAAAAGGAGAUCAAGCUUCCGUCAACAAUAAUUCUUAUAAAAAUGAAUAAAAUUUUUACCUAUAGUU